CUCGGCACCCUUAUAUCUCCUCCUUCGCCAUGGAAAGAGGCCAAAUGUCUAAUUUCAGACAUGAAGCUGCCGAAGCCCAAUUCACGCCAAUCCAGCCCAGCUCCUAUCUCACCAUUCCUUGCAUCAUCGAUCGUCCUCUUUGACACCACGAAUACCCCUAGCCGCCGAUGCCUCAAGAUCAAGGAUUAUUCCGCCCAGCAGACGCCUUGGAGAUGAGCACCAAGGCGAUUCCUGACACAGAAUCUGACGCUCCCCAAGAUACUCAGACCUUGAAAAAUGAUCCGGGCACAGAGACGAAAGGCUUGCAAACCGGGCUUCUGAUGACCGCCCUAUGUCUAUCCGUCUUCCUCGCCGCCCUCGACAUAACCAUCGUCACGACGGCGCUGCCGACCAUCUCGGAGCACUUCCACUCGACGUCCGGAUACGUCUGGGUGGGCUCGGCGUUCCUGCUCGCGUCGGCGGCCUCGACGCCCAACUGGGGCAAGUUCAGCGACAUCUGGGGCCGCAAGGUGGUGUUGCAGACUGCCGCCGCCGUCUUCUUCCUCGGCAGCGCCCUCUGCGGCGCCUCCGUGUCGCUCCCCAUGCUCAUCGCCGGCCGCUCCGUCCAGGGCGCCGGCGCCGGCGGCCUGCUGUCCAUGGUGAACAUCAUCAUUGGCGACUUGUUCUCCCAGAGAGACCGCGGCAAGUACUACGGCAUCAUCGGUAUGGUCUGGGCAAUAGCGGCCGCCCUUGGGCCCGUCAUAGGAGGCGCCCUGACGAAUAAUGUGUCUUGGAGAUGGUGUUUCUACAUCAACCUACCGGUAACCGGCGUGCUAUUCGUCAUCAUCGCCCUGACCCUGAAAAUCCACACGCCCAAGACGCCUCUGAUCGCGGGCAUCAAAGCCGUCGACUGGCUCGGCAGCCUCACAAUAGCAGGCGGCACGCUGAUGCUUCUGCUGGGCCUCCAACUCGGCGGCGGCUUCCGGCCAUGGGGCUCGGCAACAGUCAUCUGCCUCCUCGUCUUCGCCGUCGUCACGCUCGCCAUAUUCGCCGUCGUGGAGUGGCGCGUGGCCCGCUACCCGGUCCUGCCUCUGCACCUGUUCGCCGACCGCUCCAACAUCGCGACACUGCUAGUCAACUUCUUCCACGGCAUCGUCUUCACGCAGGCGAGCUACUUCCUACCCAUAUACUUCCAAUCCGUGCUAGGCGCCUCCCCCCUCCUAUCCGGCGUCUGGAUCCUCCCCUUCGCCAUCGCCGUCUCCCUCACCGCCGUCGCCGCAGGCGGCUACAUCAAAGCCACGGGCCGGUACCUCGACCCCAUCCGGCUCGGCCUCCUCCUGACCGUCCUCGGCAGCGGCCUCUUCCUCUACUUCCCCGCCCGCUCCGCCUCGUGGGCCCGCCUCGCCACCUUCCAGAUCAUCGCCGGCGUCGGCGUCGGCGCCAACUUCCAGCCGCCGCUGAUCGCGCUGCAGAGCAACGUGCCGGCGCAGGACAACGCCGCGGCCACGGCGUCGUUCGGGCUCGUGCGCAACGUCGCCUCGGCCGUCGCUGUCGUCGCCGGCUCGGCCGCUUUCGCCGGCGAGAUGGCCGCCCAGCAGGACGUCCUGCGGCGCGCUCUCGGCGACCGCGUCGCCGCGCUGCUGUCGGGCGCGAACGCGCAGGGGAAUUUGUUUGUUGUCGGGACGCUGGACGCGGCGCAGAGGGAGGUGGUUCGGCGCGCGUUCUUCAACGCGCUGAGGCAUGUCUGGAUCGAGUCGGUUUGCUUCGCUGCUGCGGGACUGGUUGCCUGCCUGGUGAUUCGAAAUAGGAAGUUGGACAGGGAGCAUGUUGAAGUGAAGACUGGGUUGGAGGGGGAGGAGGCUCGGCGGAAGAUAGUGGAGGAGCGAAGGAUGGGGGAGAAGAAGAACGGGAGUAGUGUUUAGGUGACUGAGGCCGGGGUUUUGUGUCUAUGCCUCCCACUUCUUCCUCAGACGUUACCGGUGUAUGGCGCGGGUGGCGUUAAAAGGAGGGCCUGUGUUCUUCAAUGUCCUUUGCUUUGUCCAUCUAAUUAAUAUCUGUAUUAUUUGGCAUUUAGGGGUUUAAUGGGGUUCCUCAAAGCCAGCUGUACUCAUCUCCCCUCUGUCUUAUCAGAAGACGGUUCAUUCGGGCAACCGAGCUUAUGACCCAAGAAAGCAAGCCCAAGAUGAUUCCCAAGGUGACUCGUCAUCUCUAUUAGGACCUUCUAGGUGGUCGAAAGUUCUCCCGCUGCCAUAAUCUCGCUAUUCAGUUCCGGAAAUUCCGCCGAAGCCGCUAUCCAUUCGUGCAAGUCGCCAGGAA